ACCAGCAGCCUCUUACCACAGCGCAAGACCUAACGGAGCUACUAUACCCGGGAACCAGAACGGACAGGGCUCCAGGAUAGCUCCGAGGUCUCGUGCGUGAAAAACCAGAGAAGGAACUAUCCAAACAGGCACUGCAACGCGAGGCAGUAGUUUAAUUGCAAGGAAAAUCUGGAUUUAACAUUUCAUUUUGUUAUUGCCUUUGGAUAAGUUGUUUCCAACUUCGCUUGACGAGUUAUAGAAGGUAACCAACUGUGUUUCCAGUGGAGGGUUUCAUAUUGGCGACCGCGCACUCUGAAGUGGACUAAAGUUUUCCCAGUACCCGGUGGUCUACCCUACCAGGCAACGCCCGGAACCAGAUCAAUUGAUAACUUUGGAACUUUUUCUCCUAGUGACAAUGGGUCGGGCUGUGGACGCUCUUGCUGCGUUAGCGCUCUCCCUCGCGCUGCUCUGCGUUCCAGGACACCUUGGUCUGGUGCGUGCGUUCGGCGAAGAGACAGAGGAGAUGACGUGCGACCCGAUACGCAUCGCCAUGUGCCAGGACCUGGGCUACAACGUCACCAAGAUGCCCAACCUGGUGGGCAACGUCCUGCAGUCAGACGCCGAGCUCCAGCUCACCACCUUCACACCACUCAUACAGUAUGGCUGCUCCAGUCAACUGAAGUUCUUCCUGUGUGCGGUGUAUGUGCCCAUGUGUACAGACAAGGUUCCCAUCCCCAUCGGGCCGUGUGGCAGCAUGUGUCUGUCUGUCAAGAGGAAGUGUCUGCCAGUCCUAAUAGAGUUCGGCUUCGUCUGGCCAGAGCUGCUCAACUGCAGCCUGUUCCCCCCUCAGAACGACCACAACCACAUGUGUAUGGAGGGUCCAGGGGACGAGGACGCCCCUUUCCACCCUGUCCGACCCCUGCCCCCCCAGGAGGAGGAGUGCCAGGCCUUGGGGGCCGGGCCAGACCAGUAUGCCUGGGUGAGGCGGAGCCACAGCUGUGCACUGCAGUGUGGGUAUGACGCGGGGCUGUACCGGCGCGAGGCCAAGGUGUUUACAGACGUGUGGAUGGCAGUGUGGGCGGUGUUGUGUUUCCUCUCUACCACCCUGACCGUCCUCACCUUCCUCCUGGACUCAACACGUUUCUCCUACCCUGAGAGACCCAUCAUCUUCCUCUCCAUGUGCUCCAAUCUCUACAGCGUGGCCUACCUGGUGCGCCUGACUCUGGGUCGGGAGCGUGUAUCCUGUGAUCUGGAGGAGGCAGCAGUUCCUGUUCUGGUACAGGAGGGGUUAAAGAGUACCGGAUGUGCCAUCGUCUUCCUCCUGCUCUACUUCUUUGGCAUGGCCUCCUCGCUGUGGUGGGUGAUUCUGACUCUGACCUGGUUCCUGGCUGCAGGGUUAAAGUGGGGUCACGAGGCCAUCGAAAUGCACAGCUCCUACUUCCACAUAGCAGCCUGGGCCAUCCCCGCCGUCAAGACCAUCGUCAUCCUCAUCAUGCGACUAGUAGACGCGGAUGACCUCACGGGGCUUUGCUAUGUGGGUAACCUACAGCAAGAGGCCCUGACGGGCUUCGUGGUCGCCCCGCUCGCCACCUACCUCCUCAUCGGGACAUUGUUCAUCUGCGCCGGCCUGGUGGCCCUGUUUAAGAUCCGCUCCAACCUGCAGAAGGACGGGGCCAAGACGGACAAGCUGGAGCGUCUGAUGGUGAAGAUCGGGGUGUUCUCUGUGCUGUACAUGGUACCUGCGUCCACCGUGAUAGGCUGCUACCUCUACCAGCUGUCCCACUGGGGGGACUUCAGGGCCAGUGCCAGGGACUCAUACGUGGCAGCAGAGAUGCUGAGGAUCUUUAUGUCUCUGCUGGUGGGCAUCACGUCGGGCAUGUGGAUCUGGUCGGCCAAGACCCUUCACACCUGGAAACGCUGCUCUGCCCGGCUGUGGAGAGACGGUCAGGCAGGGAGGGGCAAGCGGGCACCGGGGGACAGCUGGAUAAAACCUGGCAAGGGCAACGAGACGGUGGUGUGAGGAGAGAAAGAGGGGAAGAUAGGAACCGGGAGGCUCUAUAAAGCAAACCUGCCCCCAAACCCUCUACUAGAUUCACUAUCUGAUGGAGAGAGUGAAAGAGAAGAACAAACAGAUAAAUAGCACCCCUAAGCAGACAGCGGUUUCCUAUGCCCACUUGUUCUGUGGUUCUCUCCCUACUAGCAGACUAACCCACUGCCAGAGAAGAGACUGAUCCUGUAGCCUACAGCAGACUAACCCACUGCCAGAGAAGAGACUGACCCUGUAGACUACAGCAGACUAACCCACUGCCAGAGAAGAGACUGACCCUGUAGCCUACAGCAGACUAACCCACUGCCAGAGAAGAGACUGACCCUGUAGCCUACAGCAGACUAACCCACUGCCAGAGAAGAGACUGACCCUGUAGUCUACAGCAGACUAACCCACUGCCAGAGAAGAGACUGACCCUGUAGUCUACAGCAGACUAACCCACUGCCAGAGAAGAGACUGACCCUGUAGCCUACAGCAGACUAACCCACUGCCAGAGAAGAGACUGACCCUGUAGUUUACAGCAGACUAACCCACUGCCAGAGAAGAGACUGACCCUGUAGUUUACAGCAGACUAACCCACUGCCAGAGAAGAGACUGACCCUGUUGCCUACAGCAGACUAACCCACUGCCAGAGAAGAGACUGACCCUGUAGACUACAGCAGACUAACCCACUGCCAGAGAAGAGACUGACCCUGUAGCCUACAGCAGACUAACCCACUGCCAGAUAAGAGACUGACCCUGUAGCCUACAGCAGACUAACCCACUGCCAGAGAAGAGACUGACCCUGUAGCCUACAGCAGACUAACCCACUGCCAGAGAAGAGACUGACCCUGUAGCCUACAGCAGACUAACCCACUGCCAGAGAAGAGACUGACCCUGUAGCCUACAGCAGACUAACCCACUGCCAGAGAAGAGACUGACCCUGUAGCCUACAGCAGACUCUGGGCUGAUCUAUAGAACCUUCUGACUUCAGACAGGUGUUUUAAAGGUUGAAUUUACACUGGAGUCAUGGUCCAGAUGAUGUAGAGAUCUAAACUACGGCCACACUGAAAUGCACUAUGACCAGCUGAUGUGGAUGUAGCUUGGUUAAUAUGCCUUAUGAGGAACAGGAGACUGGGCUGCUCAGACAGCCACACUCUGGACGCUAUAAAGCUAUGCUACUGCAGAGAGACUUGGGAUUUGUAGUGACUAGACUCUAUGGUGCUGCAGCUAAGGCACCUGGGAAACGUAGGCCUGUGUCCUUUACCUCAGUCCUCAGCGAGCAGCACAGCUGACCUCCACGCAGUCUUAACGAGGAAACUAUGAACUCUGAACUUUAACCCUUGACCUUCUCCAGUCACUCAUGGAACCCUUAGGAAUGGCAGUCAUUAAUGAACCGGUGUAAGGUUCUUUCUGUAAGUUUUACCGGUGAUAGAAGUAAAUGAAGGGUUAUUAUGACUGAUGUUAGACAAUCAAUCCCCAAAAUACAUUAUACAAAAGCUGUAAUACACCAACAGACUCACACACACACACACACACACACACACACACACACACACACACACACACACACAGUCUGUACAGUUGCACCCUUGUGCAAUCCACUGCCAUUAAAAUCUGAGUUAUUAUUGCAUUAAGCUGCAACCACCCAUAGACAGUCAACACAACACACAGCAGAGAGACAGUCAAACACAGAGACAGCAGAGAGA